AUGGCUAACCACCUUCUUCUUCUAGCUGCAACCAUCCUCUUUCUCUCUCCUCCCACGGUUACAGCCGCGGACUCGGUAGUCCUAGACAUGGAUGGGAACCCAGUUGAAGCAGGCUCAAGAUACUACGUCCAAACUUUGGGAAGCAGGGGAGCAAGCCGUGGUGGCUUAGCCGCUGAACCCCUCAGUGGUAUUUGCCCUUUAUACGUAGGUCAACACAGGAGCUGGACUAACCAAGGCAGGCCCAUAACUUUCUACCCAGCUGACCCUUCACAGAAAAACAUCACACUAAGUUCAGACGUCAACAUUGCUUUUGGUCUAAACGGCUUGUGCAGGAACCAAGGAGUGUGGCAGCUGACUUCAAAUGGGGAUGGAGUAUUCUAUGUAACUACUAAUGGAGAAAUCGGAAACCCAGGUGCUGAAACCUUCACCAACUGGUUCAAGCUCGAAGAAGCGUUGCCUGGAACUAAUUCAUACAAAAUAGUGUAUUGUUUCCUUGUACCUGUUCCUGCUGGAAAUGGUAAGAGUCAUCCUGAUUCUGAGUAUUGUGAACAGUUGGAUGCUACUCUACCUGGGCCUUGGGAUUUGUCGUUGUUAAGUUUGGUACCAAUUGAUAAUCCUCUUCCCUUCUUUGGUUUUGUAUUCAAGAAGGUCACCAGUACUACUACUGCCACUAGUAGUAGCUACUAG